UGCAACAUUUCGUAGAAAGGAAGUGAGGAGGUGGCUGGAAGAGAGAGACGUAGAGAAGUGACCAGAUUACACAGGAAGGAGUAGUUACAUCUAGGGUUACAUAAACUCCUAGGGGCUGCCCAAGAGAUAAGCGCAUAGAGCCUGGAAGCUGGAGGGCGCCGCAGUACGAGAAAGACACCAAAACCCUUCCCAGAGCUGCUCUUGGAACUCCUCGACCAUGGAGCUCGCUCCCUGCUUGUUGCUGCUGCUGCUGCCGCUGAUGCGCGUCUUGGCGGGCACCUCGCCGUCGCCGCUGCCCGAACCCUGCGAGCUGGACGAAGAGGACAUCCGCUGCUCCUGCAAUUUCUUGGAUCCACAGCCGGACUGGUCCAGCGCCCUCCAGUGUACUGUAGCAGUCGACGUGGAGAUCCGAGCCGGCGGCCGCAGCCUGGAGCCCUUUCUGAAGCGUGUCGACCCCGAGGCCAACCCGCGGCAGUACGUGGACCUGGUCAAGGCUCUGCGCGUGCGGCAGCUCAAGUUGGGAGAUGCACGGGUUCCCGCUCCGUUCCUCUUCGGCUUGCUGCGGGUGCUGGCCUACUCCCGCCUCAAGGAACUGACUCUCGAGGACAUAGAAGUCACUGGCGCGCCGCCGUCCACGCCUCUGGGAGCCUCCGGGCUUGGGAUCUCCACCUUGCGCCUCCGCAAUGUGUCCUGGGCAGCCGGCGGUGCCUGGCUCUCCCAACUGCAGCAGUUGCUCAAGCCGGGUCUCCUGAAGGUACUGAACAUUGCCCAAGCACAUUCGCUUGCCUUUCCCUGCGAACAGGUCCGCAGCUUCCCAGCCCUCACCACCCUCGACCUGUCUGACAAUCCUGCGCUGGGUGAGCAUGGACUGGUCGGGGCUCUUUGUCCCCACAAGUUCCCUGCGCUCCAGGAUCUAGCGCUACGUAACGCUGGGAUGAAGACGCCCAGCGGCGUGUGCGCUAGACUGGCGGCGGCCGGGGUACAACCCCACCGCCUGGACCUCAGCCGCAAUUCGCUACGUGCUACCUCAAACGCCGGCGACCCAGAGUGUGUCUGGCCCAGCACGCUAAACUCCCUCGAUCUGUCGUUUGCUGGGCUGGAGCAGGUGCCCGAGGGACUACCUGCCAAGCUCAGCGUGCUGAAUCUCAGCUGCAACAGGCUGAAUAGGGCGCCACGGCUGGACGAGCUGCCUAAGGUGGGUAACCUGUCACUAGAGGGAAAUCCCUUCCUCGUCGCCGGAGCCUCCUUCCCCCAAGAGAACACUAUGAACUCUGAAUCCGGCGUGGCCCCAGCCUGUGCACGUUCACAUCUGGCAGUGGGGAUUUCAGGAACACUGGCUGUCCUCCAAGGGGUCCGGGGCUUUGCCUAACCCAAGGGAGAAGAAUGAAUGUCCUGGGAGCACCAUCACAAUGACCAGCACUUGAUCAACCAACGCUCUGCCUCACCUUUAUUAAAACCUUAAACCAUAGGUUAUAUCGUUCACUCAACAGAUCUUUACCGGGUGUCUGCUGUGUUCUGGGCUCAGGGCCAGAGAAGGAAACUAUCUUACUUAAACUGUCUUCACCCUGAAUCCCUAGAAAUCCUGUAUGCCCAAGAAAAGAACUGCAGGGGUAGAAGAGACAAAUAAAUGUUUCCUGGUUAGUACUGCGUGGGAGAAAUAAUGUGUAUCCAGGGCUUUCUGAGCAGAAUACUGGCACUAGGGUUAAAGGGUACUGAACAGUAAACAAACUUUGCAGAGUACAGAAUGUUUCCUCUUUGGCUCAUUUUCCAAGAGCCAAAGGUAAUAAGCCCCAGAGCUAUUUGUUUAUAUGCUUUCUCUUUCUUUUCCACUACACCCCUAGAGAGAGAAAUUCAAAGUUUCACAGUUUCAAGGAUCCUCUCCCAUGGUGUCAAACUCCUCUGCCCCUUCAGGUACAGUGGCUUUUGCUGUGUUUGCACCCUGUCCACGGGGAAUUGGGAUACCCCAACUGGGAAACAGAUGUGAGAUCCAAUCUGUUACUGAACUAGAGAUAAU